AGCAGCCAACUACGGAAAAUUAAGGUGUCUGUUUAUCAAAGUUAUGCUUGUGUACGGCUGUAGAUACAACAGCCGAGGAAGGUGACGUGUUAUCCGUCGCUUUAAAGAAAUUGUUCGGUUUGAGAAAGAAACCUCAUAAUUGUUUGUGAUUGAAAUUCGAAUCAAUAAAUAAGUGUUGUUUAUUGUUGCCGGACUAAGUAAUGGAGAAAGAAGCAAACGAACGGCAUACGUCUGAUAUGCUGACUGUUGAGAAGCGUUACAACAUUGCAAAAAUAGAAAAUGAAACAGAUGAAGAUAGUAUUGUUGAUGGUACCUUCAUCUUGCCACGAGAGAUGUGGCUUGAGAUAUUCCACUAUUUAAGCCCAAAAGAUCUCUGCAGGUGUGCCCAGGUUUGCAAAUUAUUCAACUCAAUAGCUUAUAGGCAGGAAUUCUGGAAGGGAUUGUACAUACCAUAUUGGACAAAAGGCCUAUGGGAGUUUAAAGAAGCGCACCGUGAUGUUGAAUCUGGACGGCUUCCAUGUUAUCAUACACAUCCAGCAGAAAGGCAGCUCUGUGAUGAUGAAAUGGAGUUCUAUGUGAUUCAUGGUAUUCUUAACCAUCUUCCAAGUAUUGGACAUGGGGUUGUCUUACUUUGCAUGUCAGGUGUCAACUUGACAGAUGAUCUUGUGAGACUAAUGCUGCUAAGCUGCCCUAAUCUUGAGACCUUAGAUCUUAGCUACACUUGUAUUUCAGGAUACUUCGCAUUUAGAGGGCUGCACGAAUACAAAUGCUGUAGACGUCUCAAAUAUUUGAGCUUCUCAGGCUGUAGGAAUCUGGUGGAUGAAUGCAUUGUCAACCUUACGAAGUGCUGGCUGUUUUUAGAGCAAACACAAAGUAAUGAUGAUCAUAUUACAGGACUCAUAAGUCUUAGCAUGUCAGGCUGUGAGAGGUUAACAUCAGGCUCUAUAAGUGCAUUACUUAAUGUUCCAAAGUUUCUGCACAACUUAAAACAUCUUGAUUUCAGUGGAUGCUUCAGAUUUUCUUCUGAGAGUCUGUGUGAAGUUGCUAAUGUGUGCCCAAAACUGGAACCAAAAAAUUUAUAUUAUUGUCACAAUGUUUUAAAUGGACCAUUCAUGCUGGAAGCUAAUGGUUGUAAUAACUUGGAAAGUGCUAAGCGUAAAUGCUGUAGUUUUCCAGAGUACUGAACAUUUGUUCCAUGUGGGAAUGUCAUUAUUUUUAUAAAUGUGUUAAAAGAUUGUUGUUAUGAGACUGUUGUACCAGAUAUUUUGAUUUAAUACUUUUCAAGUAUUUAUUAUUUCUUGUUAGAUCACCAUAGCAUCUUUAUAUUUAAGGAAGCAAUGUAACCUUCCUUGUGAGAACUGUACUUAGUAUUUAUUUUUUCUAUGUUUAAGUAAGUGCAACUUGGAAGACUACUUAACAAAUUGUCUGGAGAGCUUAUUCACCAGUAAAGUGUUCGUUUUAAAUGUCUUUUUGUACAUAGUCAUUGUAUAUUUUUUUUUAUAGAUGUUAGUGAUCGGUAGUUACCAAGUAGUGGUUUUGUGUGUGUGUGUGUGUGUGUGUGUGUGUGUGUGUGUGUGUGUGUGUGUGUGUGUGUGAAAUGUGAAUGCAUGCAUUUGUCAUAUUGUUUGUAUAUGUCUGUGGCUGUGAAAAUAUUAAUAAGAAUGUUAUUUAAUAAAACUAGUUUUUUUGCAUUUAUGAAAAUGUUAACAUAUACAUUUGUAUUAGGAAGUCUCCUGUCUUAAUUUGAAAUUAUGUGUUUCCAACAAACAGUACAAAUAAUAUUCUGACAACAUUAAGUUUGCAAAAUAUAAAAUUAAAUCAGUUCUUUGUCCCCAUUCAGUGUGUUCACUCCCUUCAUAACACUCAGUAUUGCUGAACACCAUGAAAGUAAGUGGUUAUUAUUUACAAUUUGGAAAAUUUUUCCAUUACAUAGCUAAAGUUUAAUUUACUGUAAAAUAUAUUACACCCAACAAAAAAUAUUUCUGAUAGACAGGCAUCCAAAAAUGCAGAGUAUUAUGAUAAACAACAUACUGCUGUUUGUUAAUGUUUACACAAAAACAGGGUAAACCAAUUUUACAAUUUUUAUUUCCGCUUCAGCAUAAGCAAUAAAUAAUUCCAAAUAAUUAUGUAUACAAUUACCAAUUCUGUAAGCAGUUGUUUAU